GCGCCCGCCGGGCCGGCACUUCCGGGAUCCCCGGCCUGAGGGGCCGAGCGGCUCCAGGAAAUCGCAGCUGGGAACGGGCUGGGAGAAAUUCCCACUCUGGAGUGUCUGAGAAGGACAAAGUUGGGCUUUCAAGAGCAGAGUUGGGAGUUCAGAGGCUGCUUCACCGGGGAGGAGCUGGAGAGGUUCAUCAGGGACGAGUCUCCUCCGUCCCCCAGCAGGCUCUGUUUUGCCUGAAACCCCCCAGGUCCUUGGGAAUUGUGGAGAGUUUCAGCCAUCGUGGCUCAGUCACCGUGACACCUGGAGAGCUCCUGUUGGAUCAGAGGGGCCCUGGGACCUGCUCCUGUCCCUGUCCCCAGGUGCCAUGUGAGGGCAGCACCUGGUCUGAGGAGCAGCAGCAGCUGAGAUGCAUUCCAGCCACAGCGAUGACCCCAAGGAAGCCAUUCGGCUGAUCAAGCAGCAGCUGGUGACUGCCAUCAAGGCCCUGCAGAAGCAGUACGUCACCUCGGACGCCGUUGUCACCAGCGACGAUGGGAACGCCAACAGCCUGUGCAGCGCCCUGGAAGCUGUUUUUGUGCACGGGCUGAAGGCCAAACACAUCAAGAUGGAGAGUGGGGGGAAAGGGAAGAAGGCAGGAGGUCGGGGACCCCUUCCCCAGCCUGUCUUUUGGGGUCUGCUCAAGAGCAUCACGCAUCGGAAUAUUGUCUCGGAACUGGAACAACUCAUCUUCAUCACCACGGACGUGGGGCGGUGCCGGGCCUGGCUGAGGUUGGCCUUGAAUGAUGGCCUGGUGGAGUGUUACCUGAAGCUGCUGCUGAGGGAGAAGUCCAGGCUGCCCGAGUUCUACCAGACAACUGCUCUGCUCUUGGAUGCUGAGGAGUGUGAGUUCCUCCUUAGCUACUUGCAGGGCUUGACGUCCUUAACCUUCCAGCUCUCCUAUAAAUCGGCGGUUCUGAACGAGUGGACCAUCACCCCCCUGUCCCUGUCUGGCCUGUGUCCUGUCUCGGAGCUGCUGGAGCCCCUCACCUCCUCCACAUCCCAACCCCACCGGAAAGCAUCCCUGGGAUCCAUCUCCCAGUCCUCGGGGUCGGAUGAGAUUGAGGUCCAACCUUCUGUCCUACCCGUCAGCAAGGCUGGCACCAAGGCCAAGCUCACGGCGUCCACCCUGAGCCUGAACACCACCAGCUCCUCCCAGCUCUCCUCCAGCCUGGGCUCCGACUCCAUCCUGCCCCCCCCUGUCACCUGCAGCCCCCAGGGUGCUGAGGAGCCACUCUCCUGCAACUCCCACCUGGGCACGGCCACCACCGAGGAGCUGGACAGGUCUCUGCAAGAGGUGUUGUUGGAGUUCAGCAAGUCCAAGCCAAGCCUGGAAGCCCCCAAUGGGGAGCUGGUCCCCAGUCUGCUGGGCUGCUCCCCCCAGCAACCCACCUGCCCCCCAGCUGUGUCCCCCAGCCCCCCAGCUCCAUCCCACCGACCUCACCAGCAGCCUCCUGCUGGGAUAGACCUCGUGGUGACCACUGGGGAUGGGGACAGAGAUGCAGGAGGACCUGCCAGCAGCACAGCCCCAACGUGGGGGGCUCCAAGCCCAGGAGAGCAGGGCAGGAGCAGCCCAGCCAGGAGCAGCCAGCCCAGCCCCCCCAUCCGCAGCCCCACAGCCCAGUAUCUCCUGUCUCCACUGCUGGGGUGCCCGAAAAGAAAGAGCUGGAUCUCAGAAGAUGAUUUCUACAGACCUUCUCCAGGAGAGAGCAGUGAACACGAGGCCAACACCAACGGCUUCGGGCCUGAGGGACCUGGUGAGGGGCCUGGUGAGGGUCCUGCCCCAGGGCUCAUCAGUGCCCUGGACCUGGAGAGGCUGUCGGUGCCAUCCUUGGAGAGUGGGAAGCCCAAAAUGUCACCAGAAGGGGAACAAAAAGGCUUCAGCGUGGUGCACCGCCGGCAGAUGGGUCUUUCCAACCCUUUCCGUGGUCUCCUGAAGCUGGGCAGCCUGGAGAGGAGAGGAGCCAUGGGGAUCUGGAAGGAGUUUUCCUGCGAGUUAUCCCCUCUGGAGCUCAGGCUCUUCUUGGCCCAGGAGGAGCGGAUCUGCGUGGAGAGCUACUCCCUGCUGCGCUGCGAGGCGCUGGCGCUGACGCACUCGGACGGGCGUUUCGAGCUGGUUUUCCUGGGCAAAAAGCUUUCCCUCCGAGCUCCUUCUCGGGACGAGGCCGAGGACUGGCUGGACAGGAUCCGAGAGGCUCUGCACAAGUGCCGACCUCAGCUGGAGGAGGAGGAGUGGGAGACCCUGGAGUAUCCAGAGGAGGGUGGUGGUGAAGGCCAAGCCAUGCAGGGCGACUCCUCCGCUCUCCUCCAGUAUGAUGAUGUGCCUGGGAACAGCUUGGACUGGACUUCAGCUCAUGAACCAGAGCUGGAUGCCAUCAAAGAGGCUGUUCUCUACGUGGACAUGGACAAAACCUGGGUCCCUUUUAUUUUUUCCUUGUCCCUAGAAACUCUCAAAUGCUUUAAAGUCAGAAACAAUGAGAAAAUUUUAAGCAACAGUUACGGUAUCGAGACAAUCCAGGACAUCCUUCCUGACACAAGCCUUGGGGGACCUGCUUUCUUCAAGGUGAUCACCUCCAAAGCUGUCCUGAAGCUGCAGGCUGAGAAUGCAGAAGAAGCAGCUUCGUGGAGGGAGCUGGUCAGAGGGGUCCUCAUGUCCUACCUGGAGAGCGCCGAGGAGGCCCUGACGUUGGGUGGCAGCCUGGAUGGGCACUCCCAGGUUGUCCUGAAGAACAUUGUGAAGGAAAAUGGCUUCUUGUUGCAAUACCUGGUGGCCAUCCCCGUGGAGAAGGGCCUGGACUCACAGAGCUUCAUCUGUGCAGGCUGCUCCAGGCAGAUUGGCUUCUCCUUUGCCAAGCCCAAGCUCUGCUCCUUCUCUGGUCUCUACUACUGUGACAGUUGCCACCAGGACGAGGAGACAGUGAUUCCCUCCCGCCUCAUCCACAACUGGGACCUGAGCAAACGAGGGGUUUGCAGACAAGCUUUCAAGUUCCUCACCCAGAUCCAGAACCAGCCACUGAUCGACCUGAAGCUGGUCAACGAGAGCCUCUAUGACCACGUGGAGAGGAUGAGACGGAUCCACCAGAGCAGGGAACAGCUGAAGCUGCUGGGGGAUUAUCUCACCAUGUGCCGCAGCGGGGCCCUGAAGGAGCUCAGCAAGAGGCUGGAUCACAGGCACUACCUCCUGGAGUGUCCCCACAAAUACAGCGUCGCUGACCUGAGGCAGAUCGCUGAUGGUGGCUUUGAGACCUUCCUGCAGGCCCUGAUCCAGUUUGCUUCCCACCACGUCUACAACUGUGACCUGUGCACCCAACGUGGCUUCAUCUGCCAGAUCUGCAACAGCAGUGACAUCAUUUUUCCCUUCGAGUUUGACACAACCACCAGGUGCAGCGACUGCAAAACCGUCUUCCACCGGGACUGCCACAUCAGCACCCAGUCCUGCCCCCGCUGCCAGCGCCGACGCAGCUACCGGCGCCGCCUGGAGGAGGGGGGCACAGACCCCAGCCCCUAGCCCCCCGGGGACCCCCCGGGUACCCCCCACCAUCCUGGCUUCUCCUUGGGAAGGGGCCAAGCAGACUCUCCUGCCCAGGAGCUGACCCUGCGCCAGCCCUGCCCUGGGGACACACAGCGUGGGUGCUCCUGGCCCACCCAGGGACCCCCUGACCCAUCCAGGGACCCCCUGACCCACCCAGGGACCCUCUGGCCACCCAGGGACCCCCUGACCCACCCAGGGACCCUCUGGCCACCCAGGGACCCCCUGACCCACCCAGGGCUGAGCAAGGGGGGCUGCAGGGGUCUGCGUGUGUCCCAACACUAACCGGUGCUGCUGGGGGAUGCUCUGAGCUGCCCUCCUGGUGCCAACCUUCUCUGUACCCUCCCGGUGGGAAACCCAGUGACUUUCCAGGGCGUCAGUCGGGAUUUCCAGUCCGGGGUGGGGAUAACUGACGUGGAUGAAAGGUCUAGUUUUUUAGGAUGUUCGAUACUGAAAAAACAAAAGCACAACAACAAAACAAAACAACAAAACAAAAAAAACCACCACACAAAAACAACCCACCAAAAGAAGAAAAACCAAAGGGUAUUUUUUUACCUGGGGAUUUUGCACAAGCUGGCCUGCACCGGGGGGUGACGGCAGCCACGUGGGGAGGGGACGAGGUGACACUUGUGCCUUCAGGGCCCCCGGGCAGAGCCGGGAGGGCCCGGCCAGGCUGCUCCUCCCCACCUGCUGCUUUUAAUCUCGGGAAGAAAUUUUAUUCUCCUCUCCCCUUCCCCCCCCCAAAGCAAAACGAAUUAAAAGUUUAUUUAAACAAGGAGCGAAA